AAAAAAUUUCCAGUUGGAUCAAUAUUAAUUGAAACACAUUCAUCUAUUCAGUACUUUCUUUCCGGAGAAGAAUGAGGAGCCUAUAUAUAUCUACCCAUAUAAACAUACUUCUCUCAAAGAGAAGAUCAAGAUCAAGAUCACGAUUCACAACUAAUUCAUUUUUAAGGCUCUUAAAAAAAGUUCACAGUUUCUCUCAAAGGCAAGCAAAACCUCUCCCCUCCCACUCACUAAUUAUCUGCAUCUCAAUCCCUAAUGGCAGCAACAGACGUCCCCCUCCAGCCUCCAACUUACGGAAACUACAUCAGCGUUCUCAGCAUUGAUGGCGGUGGAAUAAGAGGGCUUAUCCCAGGAACUAUCCUUAGUUUCUUAGAAUCUGAGCUUCAGAAGCUGGAUGGUGAAGAUGCAAGAAUAGCAGAUUAUUUUGAUGUGAUUGCAGGGACAAGCACAGGAGGUCUUGUAACUGCCAUGCUAACUGCCCCAGAUGAGAACAACCGACCCCUCUUUGCCGCUAAGGAUAUCAAGGACUUCUACCUAAACCACUGCCCUAGAAUCUUCCCGCAAAACAAUUGUCCAUUAUUUCCUAUAGUUACAAAGAUUAUCAAAUCUCUUUCCGGACCGAAGUAUGAUGGGAAGUAUCUACACAACGUUAUUAGGGAAAAACUAGGAAGUAUAAGAUUGCACCAGACGGUGAGUAAUGUUGUUAUCCCAACAUUUGACAUCAAGCGACUCCAGCCAACCAUCUUUUCUAGCUAUGAGGUAAAGAAAAACCCAAGCAUGGACGCCUUACUCUCAGAUAUAUGCAUCGCAACCUCAGCUGCUCCAACUUAUCUUCCAACUUAUUACUUUGAAACCAAAGAUGCAGAAGGGAAAGUACUUAGAGAAUUUAACCUUACAGAUGGUGGGGUUGCUGCUAAUAAUCCGGCCUUAGUUGCCAUGGGUGAACUGUCGAAGGAGAUGAUUAGAGAAAAUCCGGACUUUUUUCCUAUAAAACCGAUGGACUAUGGCCGGUUUCUGGUAAUAUCGCUAGGAACCGGCUCACACAAAGUUGAAGAAAAAUACGAUGCGCAUACGGCAGCUAAGUGGGGCAUACUGGAUUGGUUAACUAAGGGUGGUUCCACCCCAAUAGUUGAUGUAUUUUCUCAAGCAAGCGGAGAUAUGGUCGAUCUCCACCUCUCUGUUGUUUUUCAAGCCCUUCAUUGUGAGAAAAGCUAUUUACGGAUUCAGGACGAUACAUUAAGUGGGGUAGUAUCCUCUGUGGAUGUAGCUACGACAAAGAAUUUGGAUGAUCUUGUGCAAGCGGGCGAAGCACUGUUAAAGAAACCAGUCUCCAGGGUGAAUCUGGAGACCGGCACUUUUGAGAUUGCUAACCAUGAAACUAAUGAAGAAGCUCUCAAAAGGUUUGCAAAACUACUUUCCCAAGAGAGGCAUCUUCGCCAUGCUAAGUCCCCCAUUGGACAUGCUGCUCAUCAUGGCCAUCACAUUCUCAAUUUGUGAGGUAAAGGUGGGACGCAUGCAGAAAAGUCCACCUCCUUAUUCAUUCAUCAUUCAUUUCAAUUUGUUCGGAUAAAUUCCGCGUAAGAUAUAACACUUGCACGUGCGGAUGUAAUUAAUUAAGCCUUUUCUUUUUCUGGUUGUGUAAUUGAGAAUUAAUGUAAGCCCUGCAUGCCCAAGAAAACAAACUAAUUCUUUGUGUAUUCA